AUGCGAUUUACCGUCUUGUCUGCGGGCUGCCUGGCCAUCCUACAAAAUGUGCAUGCUUUCCCCACCCAGACUCAUCAGUCAUCCGCCUUGAAUGUCACCUUGAGCUGGGCGGGCGAUACACGCAUCAAAGCUGUCGUGGAAAACACCAGCGGUGAGAGAGUCACCUUCGUGCACCUCAACUUCUUCGGUGACAGCGCUCCAGUCAAAAAGGUCACGGUCUACCAGAAUAAUGAGGAAGUCGUUUUUGACGGGAUAAAACGCCGCUUGCAGCUUCAAGGGCUAGGGUCAGCCUCCGUCACGGCUCUUGGAGCCGGAGAAACUUUGGAGGAUGAAUUUGAUAUUGCCGAGACCACUGACCUGUCUCUCGGAGGUGCCGUUACCCUACGCUCUGAUGGUCUGGUGCCGGUGGUCAGCGAGGGAGUGGUGACUGGGUAUUUGCCAUACAGUUCGAAUGACCUGGAAAUUGACGUGGAUGGAUCCAAAGCGUCACGAGUACCCAAAGCGCUGAAGUUGCUUGAACGUCGCACCGAAGAGAGCUGCAGCAACCCCAGCCGUAAGUCGGCCCUGGAGACAGCUUUGACUAACACGGUUAAGCUCGCCAGUGCGGCCGCCACAGCGGCGAGGUCUGGGUCAUCCUCCAAAUUUAGGGAAUACUUCCAAACCACCUCCAGCUCGACUCGCUCGGUCGUUACGGCCCGACUCACUGCCGUGGCCCAGGAGGCGAAAUCAGUCAGGUCGGGGGCAACGACAUAUCACUGCAGUGAUCCCUAUGGAUACUGCGACACAAAUGUGCUGGCUUAUACGCUGCCCUCGCGCAACGAAAUUGCCAAUUGCGAUAUUUUUUAUUCCGUCCUACCAGCCCUAGCUAGGAACUGCCACGAGCAGGACCAGGCCACGACCGUCCUGCAUGAAUUAACCCAUGCGCCCGGCGUGUAUAGCCCCGGUACUGAGGAUCUGGGAUAUGGCUACUCAGCCGCCACCUCUCUCAGUAGUUCCCAAGCUGUCCUAAAUGCAGACUCGUAUGCCUUGUACGCGAAUGCGAUCAACCUUGGCUGCUGA